AUGUUAUUGGAAAAGCAUAGUCGAAUAUUAACAAUAGCUAUGGAAGCAUUAGUGCAGGAUUUCGAACCGCGUGAUGCUAUUCUAUAUAUGUGUUCAGAGGAAAUUUUCAAUGAUGACCAACAGGAAAUUAUCCUUAGCAUGACGGGCCGUACUCUACGUGUGAUGGAAUUCAUUCGACAGUAUCGAAAGUCAGCGACUUCUCUUGAUCCAUUAAUAACAUAUUUCGAAAAAUAUGGACAGCAACAUUUAGCGCAUCUUUUGUCGAAAGAUUAUGUACCUGAAGAUCGACCCUUGCUAACACCUGAUGCGUUGGAAGAUCGACUUUUUCUGGAAGGAAAUGUGCCGCGACUACCGUUUUAUCGUGUGUUACGAAUAAAUCUGUUGGAAAAAUUGAAGGAUUUACUGGUCGAUUUAUCAUCUCGAGAUCAUUUUUGGCUUGUUGUUCAUGGGUUUCCUGGAUGUGGCAAAAGUUUCUUAGCUGCCACUGUUUUGCACGUUCACCCAGUAUUAUUAAGCCGAUAUUACGAACACGUUAUAUGGAUUGAGGAUGGCUGUACCAAUACAAGUCAACUGUCUGAAGUUUUUUCAAAUUUCGUGUUUUUAGUAACUGAUGCAUUAGUUUUAACUGGAAAAGAAACUCUUGCCCAAUUUUUGCCGUUGGCCAAAACUGCGUUACGUGAGAAACCAAAUACAUUGAUAGUUUUAAAUGACAUUUAUCUUCAAGAAAGUGUGCGUUGGUUCGAUCAGCUAAAUUGUCGUAUUCUUGCAACAAGUCGUAACUUGGAAAUAUUCCAAGUAUCUUCUUCAAAUCCUAUACAUUUUGCAGUUGAUCCACCUGGCUUUUCUUUGACGGAGACGGAGAACAUGUUCCAGCAACUACAUUCGUCUGCUGAGGCUGCCUUAUCUUUUUAUAAUGAGCACCUUUUUCAUAUUCAUGAAAGAACAAUAGGCUUACCAGCACUUCUCGGCAUAGUGAGACAACAGGCAUGCAACAGUCAUGAUAACUUCUAUAAUUUACGUUGCUUAUUAAAUUAUUACGCUGUUACAACCAUAUCAACUUUUACUUAUUAUAAGUAUAAAAAUAUGGUUGAUGCUAUUAUGGAAUCCUAUAAAUCUCUAACUGAAUGUCAAAAAACAGUUAUGGAAACUUUUGUCAUUUUUGGCUAUAAUCAAUGGGUACCGCUAGAGUUGGUUUUACUAUGUGUUCCCUUUGAUAUAUCUGGAGACCAGGAUAUUUCUUAUAUGGUGUUGCAAGAAUUAGAACCGUUGGUAAAAUCAUCAUUAUUGGAUAAAAGAAUUGCUACUUUGGAUGGUAAAGUUGAUAGUAGUAUAUCGUUGACGUAUGAUUUCCAUAUUAAUCGUAUCAUGCAUUCCUUUCUUUGUGUCACGGUUGAUCGUCGAGCGAUUGAAGAUCGCCUUCGCUUAUUCAUUCGUCCAAAUGUUUCUUCAUUUUUACUGGGGCAUCGACAUGCGGACUCUAAUUUUAUGCUCCGUAUUCGUUCUUAUAUAAACCUUCGCCCAUCUUUGUUUCAGGAAAUAAUUUACGAAGACUGCAGUCCUCAAAUUGAGGCGAUCGGACAGUAUGCUGAUAGUGGUUCACAUUUUUUGAAUAAUAAUUGUUGUCAUAAUGAAUAUGAUGAUAGUCAGAUGACAAAGAAGAAAUUGAGCAAUGCGGAUUGGGCUGAUAGCUGUAUUUUUAUGUGA